AGUAUUUAAAAAUGUCUGAACCAAUAUUGGAUUGUCCUGAACUUAAACUGGAAGACUCAGAUGAAGGGUCAGAUACUAAAUGUGAUUUGAAGGAAGUGUGUAAAAGUAAAGUGCAAGUGAAAUGUGAAGAAGAGGAUGAAGGGAAGUCAGUCGGUCAGCGAGAGAACAGGCUGACGAGUAUUAUAGACCAGCUGAGAUGUCAAAGUCAGUUGAAAGGUAGUUCGCAGCCAGCCAUCGGUUUAGCCAGCACAAGUAACGGUAAGACAGACCGCGAUCGGAUCUCAGCGAAUGCAUUUCGUUGUGACGCCCGCCUCCGCAACUGGAGCAAUAAGUGAAAUGUUACAUCGUUACGACUUGUCGUUCACACGAUAAACUUUGAUGUUUUAAAAUAAAGGAUGUGAAAGUGCAAUGUCAAUAACGUCAAAGACUCGUAGACUCAAAAUGUAACUGUUUCUUGUUCCAAACCUUCCUUGUACCGUAACUCAAAAGGAAUUCCGACGCUUCAUAAAAUUAUCGAAUGCGAAUAAUGUAAUUACGCAAUUUGGUUUUCUUUAUUCACCGUACAUAAGUGAAUCUUCAUGACACAUACACCUGGUUGCAGUCGUAGUACCUGCAAUAUACUUAGAAGGGCCGCACAACUUUAACUAAAUUAUCGCACAACCGUUGUGCGAU